CUUUUACUAUGUAUAUCAUAUGUUUCUGGAUCCAUGCCACAUGAACAUAGGGAUAUGGAGAGAUGUAACAUACCUCUCAGAACAAUUACAGUAUUUGUAGAUGUCUCCACAUUGAAUACACUUAUAUACUUGAUUCAUGUAUUUGUUUUUCCACCUUCACUGUAGUAUGUAGUAUGACUCACAGUAUAGAAAAAUUCAUGAAAGCAGUAAGUGUGUUAAAGAUGGGUUUUUCCAGUUUUCUUGAAAUGUGUGAGAAUUCUCCUAUAGAUAAAGGUCCUGUAAAUGUGAACCAUGUAACAAAGACUCUUACCAUCACAGAUAUCUUCAAAGAUGCAGAACAACUCCUACUGAUGGGGAACAACAUGAGUGUAAACAUAGUGAUAAAAUUUUAAGGCCUAAUUCCUUUUUACAACUGGAACAAAUUAUAAAACUAAUUCAUUCAGAUAUAGAUAUUCAAGAGGGUAUUGAAUGUGGCAAAGCCUUACAUUUGCCAAUUAUUCUUGCAGGCAUGAAAGAAUUCAUACUGGAGAGCAACCUUCUGAAUAUACUCAAUCUUUUACAGCCUUUGAUCAUCACUAUACUUCUCAAAGAAUGCAGUGACCUAUGAUGAUGUGCACAUCGACUUCACUAGGGAAGAGUGGACAUUGCUGGAUCCUUCCCAGAAAAAUCUCUACAAAGAUGUGAUGCUGGAGACCUACAGGAACCUCACUACUAUAGGAUACAGCUGGGAAGACCAUAAUAUUGAAGAUCAUUGUAAAAGUUCUACAAGAUGUGAAAGGCAUGAAAGAAUUCAUAUUGGAGAACAAUCUUCUGAACAUACUGAAUGUGUUAAAGCCUUUGUUCAUCACUGUACUCUUCACAGGCAUGAAAGAACAUAUACUGUAGUGAUGCCCUCUGAAUAUAAUCAGUGUGGUAAAGCCUUGGCAUAUCACAGUAAUCUUGAAAGGCAUAAAAAAGCACAAACUGGAGAAAAACCAUAUGAAUGUGAUCAGUGUGGUAAAGGUUUUGCAUAUUAUAGUAAUCUUCAGAUUCACAAAAGAACACAUAAUGAAGAGAAAUCCUAUGCAUGUAAUCAGGGUGGUAAAGCCUUUGCAUUGCAAAGAAGACUUCAAAUACAUAAGAGAACUCAUGCUGGAGAGAAACCCUAUGGAUGUACAUGGUGUGGUAAAGGCUUUUCACAAAUGAGUGUUCUUCAAGUGCAUAAAAGAAUACAUACUGGAGAAAAACCCUAUAAAUGUAAUCAGUGUGGUAAGGGAUUUGUAUGUCAAAGUCAUCUUCGAAUACAUAAAAGGACACAUACUGGAGAGAAGCCCUAUGAGUGUACUCAAUGUGGAAAUGCCUUUGCACUUCGAAGUAACCUUCAAAGGCAUAAAAGAACACAUACUGGAGAGAAACCAUAUGAAUGUAAUCAGUGUGGUAAAGCUUUUGCACGUCACAGUAGUCUUCAAAUGCACAAAAGAAUACAUACAGGAGAGAAACCCUAUGCAUGUAAUCAGUGUGGUAAAGCCUUUGCCCGUUGUGGUGGUCUUCAAAUGCACAAAAGAACACAUAUUGGAGAGAAACCCUAUGAAUGUAAUCAGUGUGGUAAAGCCUAUACACGUCACAGUGGUCUUCAAAUGCACCAAAGAACACAUACUGGAGAGAAACCCUAUAAAUGUAAUGAGUGUGGUAAAGGAUUUAAUUAUCACAGCAGUCUCGGAAUACAUAAAAGAACACAUACUGGAGAGAAACCCUAUGAAUGUAAUCAGUGUGGUAAAGGCUUUUCACAACUCAAUCACCUUCAAGUGCAUGAAAGAAUACAUUCUGGAGAGAAACCCUAUGAAUGUAAUCAGUGUGGUAAGGCCUUUGUAUGUCAAAGUCAUCUCCAAAUACAUAAAAGAAUACAUACUGGAGAGAAGCCCUAUGAAUGUACUCAAUGUGGAAAAAACUUUGCAUAUCAAAGUCAUCUUCAAAGGCAUACAAGAACACAUACUGGAGAGAAACCAUAUGCAUGUAAUCAGUGUGGUAAAGCCUUUGCCUGUUACAGUGGUCUUCAAAUGCACAAAAUAACACAUACUGGAAAGAAACCCUAUGAAUGUAAUCAGUGCGGUAAAGUCUUUGUUCAUUACUCUUCUCUUCAAAGGCAUGAAAGAAUACAUACUUGAGAGAAACCCUAUGAAUGUAAUCAGUAUAGGCUUUGCAUAUUAUAGUAAUCUCUGAGUACAUAAAAGAACAUAUACUUGAACAAAACUCUAUAAGGUAAUAAGUGUGGUAAAGCCUUGGCAUGUUUCAAUAGUCUACAAAACCAUGAAUAAAAAUCAUACUGUAAAGAAAGCCUAUAAAUGUAGUCUGUGUUGUAAAAUUUUGCAUUUUAUACAGGAAUAAAACUUUGUGUGCAAUCAA